AUGUCUGGCAAUGGAUCGACACUUCAGAAGGCGAUCGAACUGGUAACAAAAGCAACGGAGGAAGAUAAAAAGAAAAACUAUCAAGAAGCUUUACGUUUGUACGAGCAUGGAAUUGAUUAUUUCCUUCAUGCAAUCAAGUGUAAGUUUCGCAGCUUUUACAGCUACAUGUAA